GACAUCGAACAAAUAAUGAAAAUGGCGACCUCCGUGUUUUGUCUGUGACAGACUACUGGGAAUUGGAAGAGGAUUUGACGAAAAAUGAACCCUUGAUUCAAUAUGUGAUAAACACUACACUUUAAUUGAAUGGAAAAGUCGUAACCUAUACAUGAUUAUUGAUAGAACCAUGUCAAAAUGUUUAGAAGGGGAUGGCGAGCCUACCUUGUUGUGGUAAUUUUUGUUGUCCUGACAAUUUUGUACAUGGGAUACAUUUGUCAAAAUAACUUUUGCUCUUUCUCAUCAACUCGCCGUAAUGACGAAAGAGAAUCGGACGGUAAAUUUUCUGAUAUUUCAAAAUUAGUACCCGAUACAUUUUCACCUCAGAUCGUUGAUAGAGAGUACCAAUUAGAUUUGGAUGAUGAAGACGUCUUGGUAUUUUUGCAUAUCCAGAAAACAGGUGGUACCACAUUCGGUCGACAUUUAGUGAAAAACUUGGACGUUGGCAAACCAUGUGUUUGCCGGAAGACGAUGAAAAAGUGUGAGUGUUUAACUCGCAAGAAAACACUGUGGCUGUUCAGUCGUUAUUCUACAGGCUGGGCAUGUGGUCUGCAUGCAGACUGGACAGAGCUGAAGAAUUGUGUGGACACGGCCAUGGACAAGCAGGAAGGACUACACAGAGAAAGAAGGUACCACUAUAUCACAAUUCUUCGGGAUCCUGUUGGACGUUAUUUGAGUGAGUUUAAACAUGUGCAACGAGGUGCUACCUGGAAAACAGCACGUCUGUUUUGUAAUGGUCGUCAGGCCACUCUGGAAGAGGUACCAUUUUGUUACGAGGGAGAAACUUGGGAAAAUGUCAAUCUUGGCAGUUUCCUUGACUGUAAAUACAAUCUAGCUAACAAUCGACAAACGCGAAUGUUGGCCAACCUUAGUAAGAUCAAUUGUUACAAUAAGACUGGUCUCACUGAUGAAGAGCGGGACCAAAAAAUGUUAGAAAGCGCUAUUGAGAAUCUGCAAAACUUUUCUUUUUUUGGACUUACAGAGUUUCAACGAGAUACUCAGCAGUUGUUUGAACAUACUUUCAAUCUUAAGUUUAUUGAGGACUUUGAACAACACAAUGCCACACACAGGAAAAGGCUCCCUCCGACUGAAGAAAUCAUGGCUAAAAUUAAGCUCUACAACAACCUGGAUAUGCAGCUUUAUCAGUUUGCCCGGGAGUUGUUUCAGCGCCGUGUCGAAAAAAUGAAGGAUGAUCUUCGGGAGGAAAUUGAGGAUAGUACAAACGAGAAGGAAAUUAUGGCAUUUUCUGGAAACACGUGAAUUUGAUUAAUUUUUUUUUUUUUUAUGGUAGAGUAUGAUUGAUUAUGAUAUCUGGAAGUUUUUUUGAAAGAUUACAUGUAGUCAUUGACUGCUGAUAUACCGAUGAAUUUCAUUAAAGGUUUUUUAAAAUGGAAUAUUAGCAGGUUUCUUAGGAAAUUUAACCAUUUUUGUAUAUCUAUAUAUUAUACACAUAAAAAAUUAUCAUAUCAUUGAAGAUUGAAGAGAAUUUCCUUCAUUAAAAUUCAAAAUACAGGUAUUAUAGUUCUGUUUGAGACCAUAUACAUACAUGUAUUUUGUGCGAUUUUAUAGGGUUAAGAAAUUUAAAAGGAUAUAUGCAUGUAUGAUAAUUAAAGAAUGCAUGAAUAAAAAUUAUAAUGUACUUAAAUGUUAUGAUUUAUGGAUGAAAAGUUGAUCCAUGUGCCAAAUUAACAUCACAGAAAUAACAUCUGAAAAAAAUUGAUAUAUAUUAUAUUAAGACAGUUUUUUUUUAAUUUUCCCAAUUUCAACCUAUUUUUCUAUAUAUAGCAAACGUGUGAAAAAUAUUGAAAAUAUAUCAGAAAAAAUGACUGCAAAAUUUUCUUUUCAAUAAAGCUUGAAUUGUCAAUAUGAUAUUGAAAAGUGAUGAGGUUGUAUACUGAACAAGUUUAUAUUUUUGAAAUGUGAUUAAAAUCUGAAGUUUGAGUAGAAAGAGACUUGAUCUAAGAGAACUGUCGUUCGACAGAUGAGUGUAUCAAAUACUGCAUGACUUGUCACAAAUUUGACGCAAGGUGUACAUAUUAUUAAUAUACAAUUAGAAAUAAUUGUAAACUCACUAAAGUGGGUAAUGUAUUUUUGUAUAAUGCUAUCUGUAUAGAAAUCAUUGAAACCCGUCUAUACCUUGAAUUGUGUACACAAACAAAAUAUUUUCUCAGAAAUUUUAUGUCCACAUGUACAAGUAUAAAAGGCUGUUUAUCAUGUACAUGUAUGAAUUAUUGUAUAUCCGGCAAUAGACCCAUGUCUGGUAAUAAGCCCAUCAAUUUCUUCUGAAGUUGAAGCGGUAGGGUGGCACAGUGGUAACACACUUGCCUUUCAUCUAGAUGGCUGGGGUUUGAUUCCCCUAUUGGACAUGAGAAGGUAUGGAGUCACCUUCGAUUUUCCCAACCACAUGGGAUUUUUCCGGGUGCUCCAGUUUCCUCCCCCUCACGCGCUUCCAUCCAUGUAAAAAAAAAGUGAUUAAUAUAAGUUUAUAUCACUUACUUAACAAUUGUAAAAUAAAGUUUAUAUAUUACAUAUUGCAAUUCAGUAAACACACAAGCAAAAUUAGUCCAACCCUUCCCCUGAGUCAGUGAAUAUGUGUUUCCUCCGGCUUACUGCAGAAUAAAUGUGUUAUGUGAAAUCGUUGAUAAAAACAUAAAGUCAUAUGUUGGUAGAAUGCAUGAUUCUGUUUCUGAGAUUACAUAUAAAUGUUGAUUUGUUUUGAAUGAUACAUAUAUAUACCAAUACAUCUCUUUGAUACCUAUAUAUAUAUAUAUAUAUAUAUAUAUAUGUAUGUCUAGAUCUACUGUGCAGGGUUCUUAGGUAAGCAUAUACUGAUAAUGAUGACAUGAAGUACAUCAGAAUUCUAAAAGGAAUUGAUUGUUUUAUUGGCUAUACAGUAUUAAUGAUCUAUACUUGAAAUAUCUAAAAAAAAAUUAUUGUGCACAUAUUUGACUUUAGAUUAAUUCUCUAUACAAAAUAUACUGUGAACGUUCUUAUUUUGACGCACUCAGUUUUAGCACAUAACCGAAUUUAAACAGAUGAUGAAUUGGCGCAAACACAAUACUUAAUGUAGAAUCGAAGGUGAUGAUAUACAGAAACUGUAAUUAGUGCAGUUAUAAUUAAGCGGAAUGAUUUCAGUGUGAAAAUUGCCAAAAUAAGAUUACCGCAAAAAUAUGUACAUUGACAGUAUGAUCUAAAAUAUAGUUUAUAAAAAUGGGGUCACUUUAUAGCAUGUUUAAACAUAUAUUAUACAUUAACUUUUAAUCACAUAUUUUAUAUCUAUCUGUAUACAUACUGUAAAACAACUUAUUUUCACAUGCAAUUGAUUUUCUCGUAUUUUGCAGGCACUUAAAAUUUACUAAAAUGAAUCAUUGCAAAGUAGUCUCAAUAACAAGUGCGGUAUAGGCUUUUUAUGAGUAAAUUGAAAAAAUUGAAUCAUCAUUAGUCAUACAGCAUGAAAAUGCAAAAUUAUUUGCCACAGAAUAAGUUGGUUAGCGUUCUAAUCAUAUUAAUUUACAAGGGGUACUGGGUACCAAAGAUAAUAGAUUCAAGUAGCUUGAAAAAUAUAUUUGGGCAUUUUUUUUUUUUUUUUUAUAUCCUUUUUCCUUUUCUUUCUUUCUUUUUCUUACAAGUAUGAUUUCUAUGAAUAAAAAUUAGUUUGAAACUUUGGGACAAUCAUCAAAAUAAUUGAAAGAGAAAGAAACCCUGUGUUUGUUCUGUGUUAAUGCAGUACAUGAACUUGCAUGUAUGUUCAUUUUUAGAUCACCUAAUCAUGAGACAAAGUCUCAAGUGACCUUAUUCUUAUUGCCUUUCGUCUGUUUGUAAACAAUUUACAUCUUUAACUUAACCUUUAUUCAAGGUCAAAGGGUUCAAAUAGGCAAAAAGAAAAAAAAACUUUUCACUAAGCAAGAGACCUGAUAUUGGGCUAGUAGCAUUCUGGGUUGAACGACAGUGACCACAAAUUCAAGGUCACAGGAACCAAAUCUGCCAAAAUAUUUCAAAACUCAGGUGACCGUUAAAGCCAAUGGGCCUUUUUAAGCUUGUUUUUAAUUAAAGAUUAGAUAUGUUUUCAAAUUCUUAUACAUAUAAACACACAUGUACAUACAUGUACCUAAAUAUUGCAUGCAUGUUUUAAUGAAGAUGUACUAUACGUAAAUAAGGUUGUUUACCUUUGUUGCAUAAUUACUAUAAGUUUUCAAGAAGAUUAUUGAUAUUUGGCGAAAACUAUAUAAAUUCUCCACAGUUAAGGUUGUAAAUAACAUUUGGCUGUUAUUAUACAUUCUGAUCUACCAGAGUUGCUUCCCUUGGUUUCACUCUUGACAGUUGAUGGUACAUGUAUAUAGAGAUAAACUUGACAGUCGAUUAAGACUGUGGCAUAAUAUACAUCUUAUCAUUAUGUUACAAGACACAGGUGUAUAGAUGUUGUUUAUAUAUUUUUGAGUGUUAAAAACAUAAAUAAAUCCUGAGGUUAUCAUUUUUCAGAGAUAAAAUCUUCAUACACUUAAUCUUUACAAUACAUCACAAAAACCAGGUAUGCUUUGUCUUUUCAAAGUGCAUUGUUGUUUCGAUUUCUUUAUCCAUGAAUUGAUACAGCUAUUUGCUCACAAGGUCUGCUUCAAAAGCAAUGGAUUCUUCAUCCUUGCACAUGUACAUGGAACAUUGAAUUAGAUUAUCUAAUUUUUAGUUUACAAGCAAUUGAAAUAUGUUGGUGACACAUGGAUGUAAGCAGUAUUAUAUAGACAGAAAUUAAACAGUGAGUAUUUCUGUACUGCAUGAUAUUUUUAUGACAUGGAUAUACAUGUAUAGUUUGUUUAAAAAUAUCCUUUUGAUGUCCCGUUUCAAUUGGUAGUGCUUAUAGUCUUAGGAAUUUGAUUUUAAUCAAAUUUGAGGCAAGGAACAUUUGUGCGAAAAUCAAAUUAACUAUUUAAUUUUAUUUCCUUAUGAAAUCAUGACACAUGCUAUAAUCCAUAUUAGAAUAUAGUAACUAUCUGUUGAAGUUAAGUUUGAUAUGUGAAAUCCAUAAAUGACCAAAGAAUUACACAUGUAAGUGGGAUGUCUGGUUACCUCCCUUUUCCAGGAGAGCUCAGGUUUUUUUUAAAAUAUGUCGGGAGGAACUGCAGAACUUAGCCAUAACUUAGAGUAGCUGUGUUAUAUAAAGCUUUGAUAUUUCUUCAUUUUAAAGGUGCAUUUUCUUAUCCUCGAAACCAAAGGAACUUGUUACAUUUUCAAACAAUUUUUAGGGCUGGAUGCUGAAUGGUUGCUAAUUAGUGCUGUCACUUUCAUACUUUAGACAAUUUGCACUCAUUUUAGCAGUUAACUCUCUUUCAAACCGAUGUGCAUGUCAAUGUAUUCUUGCACAUUGCUGUACUGACCUAUAACUGCAAAUAGGGAAAAAUCAAUAGUACUUGUGACAAUACUGGGUUUCAAUAAUGUAUUGUAGAUCAAAACAAAUUGUUAAAAGUUUAUAAAAUUUUGAUGUUGCUAAAUUUUUGUUGUACUGUUAUCAAAUGUUCAAAAGCGUUAUAGCUGGUGUUUAAGAGACAAAGUUCAAUUGUUUCUUAAGACAAACAAAAAUGUGUUAUCUUUGAAAUGAAAUUUUUUGAUGGCAUGAGUUGCCUAUCGUAGUUUCUUUUAAACGGUGAAUGCAAAUUAUAUGUAUUUUAUGUGAAAUGCUAAUAUGAAAGAUAACUAGGAAAAUAUUAGUUAUAUCUGCAUAAUUGGAUGAUAUUUAUUUAAUUUGUUUUUGUUGGAAGAUGAUCUGAUGUUAUCUGCAUCGUUAAUGCUGCAAAAUCAAAAACUCAUUAUAAGUACUUACAAUCAGAAUCACUGUAAAUAAUUGAAUAUACAUGUAGUAACUGCCAUUUUGCAAAACAAGUCUUCAGGUAUUAUAAAAUCUAUUAAAUCUUAUCUGUGUACUGUAGAUUUGGUUUCACGAAUGACAUAAUAUUUAUUGCAAUAUAGCUUAUCAUUAAUGACCUAAGUCGCAAAUGUACAAUGACGAUCUGUAUUUUAAUCAGAUUGUAUUCAUUGUGGUACUGAUGUAAUGAGCAGAAAGAGACAAUAGGUAUUGAGAAGUGAUUAACUACAGGUUAAUUUAGAAACAUGUACAAUAUAGGCAUUAUUGAUAUAUAGAACUCAUGCUUACAGAACUAGUCUUCCAUACCACAGGGGCUUGGCACAGCUUUCCAUCCCUCUGUCCAUAUUAUAUGCAUAUAAAGCACGUAAUAUGGACUGUGGGUCAAUAAUUCAAGGCCCUGUGUUCAGUACUAAUCCGGGUACAAGUAUGAUGAUAAGUACCUGAUUCUUUUUUAGUAAUUUAAAUGUCUUACAAAAAAUUCUUUGCAAAUUUAAAAGAAAGUUUUUUUUGUUUUGUUUUUUUUUGCAAAUUUAAUAGAAAGUUGUUUUUUUUUUUUUUUUUUUGUAAAUAACACUCUUCCUAUUGAUAAACAACAGUUUGAAGAAUAUACCAUACUGACUAAUUAGGGAAAACAAAUUAAAAAAAAAAGUUGGACAUUUGCUUUAGGUCAUUUCAGGUAAAUUUAUUAAUUUAUCUAAAGUGAACAUAUUACUUGGUAAUGAUCUGUACCACAUUGAAAAAUUUCAACUCGCCGUUUCAGAAAUCAUUUUUGAGGAUAAGGUGUUUUGGGAGCAAAAGAACAAAUUAUUUAUUGCAGAUCUAGAACAGUUCUAUAAUUAAUUAUUCAUUUUCCAGUAAAUAGGUCAAAUCAUUAGUGUGUACAUACAUGUACCCCAUACAUUUGCUGUUCCAUGAUCACCAAAACGUUUGCAUCUUUGAUGGAGGAGUGAACUCGUAAAGGUCUGAAUAACUAUAUAUGUCAAAUGUUCCACAGAUCUGACCACUGUUUCAUCGAUAUUUCUUUAAUUUCAUUUAAUGAAAUUCAUAGCUUAGAAUGUUCUAUAGGAAAGCAUGCAUAUGCAUUCUAUAAUUAAAAGGAAUUUCCUAUACUUCAUUUUUAUGGAGGCGUUUACGCCUGCCAUAUUGCGAUCACCUACGAAUCGUGAUGUCACAUUCUCUCGCUUUCGUUUUCAUUAUAUUUCCUUUCACAGUUCAUUUUGCGGUUUCUUUCGGUUCAUAUAUGAUGUAGUUGAACUACAUUUCUUAUCCAAUAAUAAUUUUCUGUGAAAAAAAAGUUAUGGAUUUUCCUUUUAGUUAAGUAAUGUUGAUGAAACGGAGAUUGGAUAAAAGUUGAAAAUCUAAUCAAAAUUGUUGGAAAUAAACUUGUUAAAGAUUGUAAUGUUAAGUAGGUUGUUUAAGUUUGACUUUAUAUUGUUUUCAGACAAUUCUUAAAUCUAUGGACGCAGGUUGUUAUGUACAUGUACAUGAUGUACCGUCAUCAAAGCCUUGCUGCUUCACAUUGUGUUUUUAAUUGUUUCAAUAAAACCUGGGAAUUUUGUGUGUGUGUGUAUACAUAAUUGACCUGGUUGUUUUGGUAACAGAGGAAUCAUUUUCCUAUAGAGAUUUAUUUCUAAACAGAUAGAAUUUAGGUUUUGGGAGGGGGUGUGAUAUUAUUGAUACGAACAUAUUAUAAUUUUCUGAAAAUUUAGAGUAUCAUUUGUGUGGUUGUCCCAAUGUGUGUCUGAGGUGUAACUGUUCAGUUAUAUGGGGAUAAGCAGUAAGCAUGUCCCUGCUCAGGUUAAUGUCAAAAUAUUCGUCGGUAUGCAUGUCAAAUCAGAUUGUCUAGAAGAUGAACAAUGAGAUUGUUACAUAGUGUGUGCCCUGGCUGAGCCAGCAGUUCUAUCCAUUAUAGGGAAGUUGUCAUUUUAUUGUAAUUAAAGUAUGAUUAUAUUAUCAUUCUACCAGGUAAAUUUUAUAAUACUCCUUAUGUAAAAGCAAACAAAUUCUGACUUUCCAUCUCGAUCACACUGUAUCACUGAGAGAGAUUUUUCUGAUAAACAUUUCGUUUUUUGAAAUUUGCCAAAUUUUCUCAUAAUUCAAAGAUGAAUUGAUUCACAAAUUACUCUACAUGCCUGUGUAUUCCAUUCAUGAUUCAAUGAUGUUGUUGAUAAGCUCAACCGUGAUGAUUAUAAACUAUACUAGUAUACUAGUAUAUAUAUAACUAUGAAUGAGUGGAUAUGUUUUAGUAUGAGAGCGUUUGUUUGUUUGUUUGCUUGGUUUAUCGUCCCUUGAAAAGCCAGCGUCAUUUUGAGGUGGGGGUCUCCUUGGUGACUACCUCACUUAACAACAAACAGAAGGCCCGUCACAUGCCCAUCCAGGGCAAUUUAGGUAAAGAGUCUUGCCCUUGGACACAACCACGCCAGCACAGACCGGCCUUUUUUCUUAGCUUCUUUAGAAACACUUACUGGCACGGGUAGGGAGCAUUGAACCACACACCUUGGAUCAUCACUUGAAAUUACCUGGUCAGCGCUCUAACCAAUUGAUAUGAGAGAGAGAGGGAGCAUACACAUGCCCCAAUGUAUCAUCCCGUUUAUCUGUUAAACAAGUAGUAAGCUUUUUGUGCACAAAUGUAUUAUCUUAUAGAUAAUGAACCAUGUUUAUUUUUUCUCUUUCAUAAAACUGGGAAAUAAAAUUCAAAAUGAACAUAUCUUAAAA